AUGAAGGUGGAGGGUGUGUUUUACGUCAACGAUUUUCUGUGUAAGCUCAUGUUCGAUGAACUGCGUCAGUUUUCACAAAGUGGCGAUUAUGGCGGUUUUCUGCCAGGAAUGAAACAAAUUGCAAAUGUUGCCGCACUACCCGGAAUCGUUCACCGCUCUGUUGGCCUUCCUGACGUUCAUUCAGGCUACGGUUUCGCCAUCGGCAACAUGGCCGCUUUUGAUAUGACGGACCCAUUGGCUGUCGUGUCUCCUGGUGGAGUGGGCUUUGAUAUUAACUGUGGCGUGCGUCUAAUUCGAACUAACCUCACGCUGAAGGACGUUUUACCUGUGAAGGAACAACUAACUCAGGCCCUCUUUGAUCACAUUCCAGUCGGCGUGGGCUCUAAGGGGAUCAUUCCUAUGAAUGCGCAAAAUCUUGAUGAAGCGCUCGAGAUGGGAAUGGACUGGUCUCUUCGAGAGGGUUACGUAUGGGCCGACGAUAAGGAGCACUGCGAGGAAUAUGGGCGUAUGUUGCAGGCAGACCCAAGCAAGGUUUCCACUCGGGCAAAAAAACGCGGUCUGCCGCAACUGGGCACACUUGGCGCUGGAAAUCACUAUGCUGAAAUUCAAGUCGUGGAUGAGAUAUAUGACCGUCACGCUGCCUCGAAAAUGGGCAUCGAUCAGCUUAAUCAAGUCGUCCUGAUGAUUCAUUGUGGCAGUAGAGGCAUGGGGCAUCAGGUAGCGACGGACGCUCUCGUGGAAAUGGAACGAGCCAUGAAGCGCGACAAUAUUGAAGUAAAUGACAGGCAAUUGGCCUGUGCACGCAUCAAUUCCCCUGAGGGCCAGAACUACCUGGCUGCGAUGGCAGCAGCUGCUAACUACGCUUGGGUCAACCGCUCAUCCAUGACCUUCCUUAGCCGCCAGGCUUUUGCAAAAAUUUUUAACUCCACGCCGGACGACUUAGAUAUGCACGUGGUCUAUGACGUGUCGCAUAACAUAGCCAAGGUGGAGGAACACUGGGUAAAUGGAAAGCCAACGUCUCUUCUGGUUCACAGAAAGGGGUCCACUCGCGCAUUCCCUCCACACCAUCCGCUUAUCCCCGUUGAUUAUCAGCUGACAGGGCAGCCCGUUCUAAUUGGUGGAACUAUGGGCACUUGCAGCUACGUCCUUACAGGCACAGACAAAGCCAUGGCAGAAACUUUUGGAUCUACUUGCCAUGGUGCUGGUCGUGCGAUAUCUCGCGCCAAAUCAAGAAGGACUCUUGAGUACUCCGACGUAUUGGAAAAUCUCGCCCAGAAGGGCAUCUCCAUUCGUGUCGCCUCACCGAAUGCCAUGGUGCUAGAACCUUUGAGCGACGAGGAUCAGGAAUCACUGGGACAAACAGACGAGGAAAUUGACAAGACCCUGCAUUUUCGGGAUGAGCUACUUGCAGGAAAAGGCAGUGGCGAAUCGCGGAUGUUUGCUCCCCCUUCUCUUGAUGGUGCCACCUUCCUCUUUAGUCGAUACGGCUACAGGGCUACGGCCAUACAGAGGGUCGUAGAUAGCAUUUGGAUUGAAAAAUCUGAUGACAGUGAUCUGGCUAAAGUCAGUCGACAUCUCCGUGCUCUCCCUGUAAUUGCGAGCGCUGUGGCAGGAACAACUGCCGCUUGCAUUUGUGCGCCAGGCAUAUUUAACCAAUUUACCCAGGCCAACCAGCUUACCGUGUGGCGAACGCGCGAAAUGGCCAAAGUAAGUAUCACCCUUGGCCUCUUCUGCCUCCCUCGCGGCCCUGUUCCAAUUUUGGUAGGAUCACUGAUUGGUUUCACUGUUGGAACCAUCUAUGGAAGUGUCUACUUCUUUGGUGCCAAGCACUUUGGAUACACUUUUGAGGAUAUGUAUGCCCGGCAUGCUCACCUAUAA